AUGGAGCAUCGACUAAACCGUCAUUUUAGCGACCAAGAGAUCAAUGAUCGUAUCCAUGGAUCGAAGAUUGUUCUGGUGGUUGAGCAGAUGCAGAUCUUGACCAUUUGGAUCAUCAAGGCGUGUCUUCUCAUCAUGUACAGGCGGAUGACGCUUGUCCUUCCACAACGCAGGAUUGUCAUUGGUACCUCGAUAUACGUCGCUAUAGGAUUUGUUGUCAUGGAGGUACUCUACUUCGCUGUGUGGUGUCGGCCCUUCUCACAGUACUGGCAAGUCAGACCAAGACCGUCUCUACCGUUACUAUUCCGAAUUCGCCUACCGAAAAAGAACAAGGCAGUCUUGGUUGGGGUGUUCAUGAUUGGCUCUUUCAGCAUCAUUGCAGCCGUCCUCAACAAAUUCUACUCAUUCAAAAACCCGUUCGGCACAGAAUGGACAGUCUGGUAUCUCCGAGAGUCAUACACUGCUAUCCUCUGCGCCAACCUUCCUCUUAUCUACCCACUCAUACAACGAGUCUUCAAACUACGAAAUUGGAGCUCCGAAAACUACACGGGCGCAGAGUAUCGACUGGACUCGGCUCCCGGGCGAGCCGCGAGAUUCAGUCAUCCUGCUUGGAAUAGGCCAAGACCCAAGCCUGCGUACAGGUCUUUUCGCGGCAUGGUCAGUCGAAGAGAGAGUGAGGAUAUUUCAGCCCAGGACAUGUACGACACGAGAGCCGAUGGCUCACAAUUUAUUACGAGCGCGAUUGAUAUGGAUGACAUGAGGUCACCGACCACUGUAGGGCCAGAUACUCCAACAACUUGGGGACGACCAGAGAGUCGCGAGAAAGGGCCGGGCCCGUAUCAUCCCGUAUGA